UUUUAAUGAUUAUUUGUUGUAAAUUUUUAUCGCAUCUGUACAUUAUAAAUAUUUUAAUUUAAAUGCUAAUUUUACAUGUUAUUAUGAUCUUCCACAAACAUUAUCAGUUUAUUCCUCCAGAUAGAGAUUCCUAUAAAAAUCAGAUUGAAAACCACUAAUAUGUAUUUAAUAGAAUAUGAUCUGGUUUUAUACGUUAUUGAGUACUACUUCGGAAGGUUAACAUCCAGAGUAACCAGUCAGUUGCUGUUGAGAGGUCCGAUAUCGCUAUAUAAAUUGGUUAACCCAACGAAAUUUAACUUUAAAGUUGUUAGAAAUGCCUUGGUUAUACUUAUCCGCCAUGGAAUCGUGGAGUAUAAUCUUGAAACUAGUUCAUCUGGACCCCGUUUGGUUACACAUGUACUAUAUUCUGUUAACAUUAAUAACGCGUUGUCGCUCUUUAUAGUACCUUUAAUCCUCCUAAACUGUAAACAACAACUGGAUGAUAAUUGUUACGACGUUCUGCUCCACAUUUCAAAGUAUGGAAUCACAUCCCAGAAAAAAAUUAAAGAAUCGUUCCCCGAACUGGGAGAUUAUGUUAUAUCAAACUGCCUUUCCAAGCUAAUUAAUUCACAUUUUAUAGUAGCAGUAGAGUCAUUUGAUCACCUGAUGAAUAAACAACAGGGCCCCGAGUACCAUUGUGAUGAAAUUUUUAAUGUUUUGGAAAAGUUGACCAGAGGAACCUAUAACUCUUCGCCAGGAAUUCAGUCGAACUUAAACGAUAACCGUCUCUAUAAAAUAGAUUUCGAGUUUGCUUCUGAGAAUUUACUUAAACAGGAAAUAAAGCACUUAGUAUAUAGUAGAGUGGGAAAUACCGACUCGAUUAAGCUCGUUUUUGACGUCCUCAUGAAUAACAAUACCAGAGAAUGGCCUUAUAUCCUCCAUUACCGUGACAUAGAAUCUCAGAUACACUCCCUUGAUAACACUCAGGCUAUCACUUCAGAUUAUCUAAUCAAGUUUUUAAAUGGGAUUAUUAGGCAUCCAGAUAAUCUAGUAGUAUACAGGCCUCAAGAGGAAUCAUACUACAUGGAUUGGCAUAAGGCAAAGAGAAUGAUAAAGGAAAUGUCAAUAUUCGAAUCAGUAAAGAGAUUAUUAGGGAUUAGAUCCGCCAGAAUAUGGAAUCUACUGCUUAAGGAACAGGAUAACGACCGGUCGUCCAAACUCGAUACUCAUCAAGUCAGUGAAAAUGCUCUUGUGUCACUACAGACAGCUAGGUCUAUACUAUAUAGACUUACAAUGAAGGGUUUUGCAAAAAUUUACGAAUCAAUGCCAAAAGGGUCUGAUAAUAAAGCCCAGGAUCAUACACACCAACCUCAGGAUCAAACUAACAAACAAACCGCAUACUUCUCAACAUCACUUGAAUCGACCUACUCUCAAAUUAUGAAAAUGGGAUACAAGUUCGCUUGUAACUUAAUAGAACGUCUAGUACACGAGAAGAACAAGGCCUUUCAAAGGAAUCUAAUUGAUAAUGACGCCGAGGACUUGAAAAACGGGGAAACUCCCCCGAAUAUUGUAGAAAUCCAUCUCCUUUACGUCAUAAAAUUCCUACUCAUCAUGAGGCAGUUAUAAAUUUACAUUUUGCAAUUCUUAUGAUAUAAUACGCAUUCAUACUAUAUAUAUAUGUUGAUAUUUAUUUUAUUUUUACAUAAAAAGUAAGAAGCAAGGGAGUCUUCAGGGGACUAUGGUACACAGAUAAUACGUAACUCCAAGG